AUGGGGAAAGAAGGACCUUGCUACCAUUGCGGGAUUGAACAGACUCCAUUAUGGAGAAAUGGACCACCGGAGAAGCCAGUGUUGUGUAAUGCGUGUGGUUCAAGGUGGAGGACUAGAGGAACCCUAAAUGACUACAUUCCUAAGCAUGCCAUGAGAAAUGUUCAGGACACUCGAACUGGUGAAGAUUCUGAUGAUCACUCCGGAUCAAGCUCUACUAGCACAAAGGGUCGAAGUCAAUUGGUCUUCGAAAAUGCUCCUAGGCGUAAAAGAUCUAUCCUAAAUCAAUUUGUUAUUACACCUAUUGAACGACUUAACAAGCAACUUCUCGAUUUUGCACAUGAGCAACCCGAUGUGUAUCUAAACAAACCGACGGACAAAGAUGUGCUCAUUGAUCGAGCAGAUGUUGCCACAUCCACCCCACUUGGGACUGCUCUUGGAGCUCUUCUACUAGUCCAUCCACAUGAAUAG